CCCUAAAACAUCAACUCUAGGGUUUUAGGGUUUCAGAUUUAGGGUUUAGAAUUGAAGGUUUAGGGUUUAUAGUUGAUUUUUAGGGUUUAGGGUUAAUUUUUUAGGGUUUAGGGUUCAGAGUUUACUUUUUAGGGUAAAGUGUUGAUAGUUUAGGGGUUAGUGUUGAUGGUUUAGGGUUUAGAUUUGAAGUUUAGGGUUUAGAGUCUAGAGUUGAUGUUUCGGGGUAUAGGGUUUCAAGUUGAUGUUUCAGGGUUUAGGGUUCAUAUUUAAAAAAAAAUAAGGUUUAGGAUUUGAUGGUUUUGGAUUUAGCGUUCGUAUUUCAAAAAAAAGGGUUUAGGAUUGAUGGUUUAGGGUUUUAAGUUGAGUUUUGAGUAAUUAACCCCUUUAGACAAAUAUAUUUAUAUUGCGAUAUUUAGAUAAUGGUUAAUUUAUAAAAAUAUUUUUGUUGAAUUUAAGUGAUUGAAAAUUAAUUUAAAGUUUUCAAAAACUUAUUUGUGUUUAAUCUAAAUACUUAUUUAUCUGAUUAUGUUUUUUUCUCGAUGCCACGCACCAGAUUUUAUAUUAUAUAUUAUAAAUACAUAGUUUGAUUGUUAAUUUGUAUUUUAAUAAAUUUCAAAUUAAUCUUUUCAUGACUUCUUAAAAAAUAUUCUCAACAAAAUAUUUUGCAUAAGAUAUUGUGAACUUUUCUUAUAUAUUACUUUAAAAACUUCUGUAAUACUCAUUUAUUUCUGAAGAUUUUUGAAAUUAAAUUUUCACAGUUUUCUUAUUAGCUAUAAAACAAUACACACAACACGGUUAAUUUCAAUCUAUAUUUUUUAUAUAAUCUACUAUACUAAAAUUAAAAUUGCUACCAAGCAUGGACAAUGGCCAAACAGCCGUAAGAACACCAUUUUAAACAACAAAUCUUCAUGCAGCAACAUUAGCUCCUCCAGCUAAGAAGCUUAAAUGUUGAAACUUCCCCUUCUUCCCAACAUAUAACACUUUUGAUGUGCUGAGCACCAAAAUUUUUGUGGAUCACUAUCUUUCAUAGAAGAAGUUUGAAGCAUAUCUCCACUGUUCUUGUAAAAGAAUUUCCCGUCUAUCAGAAAAACCUCAGAAGCUUGACUUUCCAUAUACACAAAGCAUAAUCAUGUCAACAAAAAGAAAUAGAUACUAACCGGACCAAGGUACUGAAUUAACCGAGACACUUCUUCACAAGUUUUACUUCUUUCUCCUUGCCAAUAUAAAACCUGUAACAUUUCAAUCAAACACACAUCUAAGUUUAUUUUUGAUUGGCACAAACCUUUUGACAUAAAUGGGGGAAAAGGAGUCUGUGAGAAGUAAUUACCAGUAGAAGGUCUCUACUCUUGAAGUGGAGCAACUUAUAGUAAAAAUGAAGGUUAUGUCCAUACCAAUGUCAAAGGUCACAAACCUUUACCAACCUCAUCUGCUCUUGUCCAAGCUCGAGAUCCCACCUGGAAUUCACGGUUUCAUGUUUCUCGAUAUCAAAGAAUGAUAUAUAACUUCUCUUUACCUCACCAAAGUCUAAGAGUUUCUGCCUGUGAUUGAAACAAAGGGGAUUUAUCAUACAACAUAAGAUCACGACAAACACAAUAACACCAGAAGUUUUGAGAUCAAAACACUAACAGGUAACAGCUUUUCUCCACGAACACUGCACAGCCUGCGAGCUUUCACCUGGUACCAAAUCUUUUGUAAAAUUUAUGUAACUUAAUAGCAGCUUCGUUUGGAGUUCCUCAGAUCAAGAACUGAAAUUUAUCUAAAAAUCCCAACAAUGUGUAUCUCAGAGCGACAUCAUUCUCUCCGGUUGCAUCCAUUUGAAGGGAAUGGAUUUCUCAACAACCAUUUUACCACAAAAUCCCAAGAUCGUGGGCUCUAGAGUUUUGUUGUUGAAACUGACAGAUCUCUUAACCAGGAGUCUAGAGCAGCCUCCACGUCAUAUUCAACAUAUCCCACAAUACAAUAGUGAGAUUCUGACCUGAAGUGAAACAUCAAGAAUUUGUUAUGUCUGACUCAUACAUGUUUGUAUAUAUAUACAGAAACCCAAAAAAAAAAGCAUGAAAAUAAACUACAAACAGAGAAAGAAGCGCAUUUCACACACAACUUCUGAACAAUAGAUUCAGCCAAAGAACAAAGAUUGAAAAAAAAAACAAAAUCAGAACUUCUCAAAUCUAGAAAAACAGAGCAACUCACUGAGAAGACUUUAGUCAAGAUGAAUAAGUACCUUGAAUAUACCACCAGAAAUGUAUUUACAACUGCAUUUUCCCUUUUGUUGAGCAAGCUGCGAAAACAGAGAGAGAGUGAGUGAUGAAAGAUGGCAAAAAAGAGACUGGAUAACACUAUAUAUAAUCAGAGCAAAGUUGAAAAACUUGAGUCAAUGAAAUAAUUAAUUUAGUUUUAGGGACCUCUAUGUACGUAGCUCUGGUUUCCAUGUGGGGUAAAUGGAGUCUGUCAGAUCCUUGUGGCUGCAGAUCCAUCUUUCCAAUACAAAUCUGGACAAUUCUCUAAAUAACAUGCCACAUCGAUCACAUAGCUGAAAGGAAAAAAUAUUUUGAAUGGACAAUGAAAUCAUUAGGGAAGUAGUAGAAGCUAAGUUGCUGGAAUUAAUAAUAAAAAAAAAGGAAUCUGAUGAAGUGCAGAGAUGAAUAUAUGAAAGGCAUGCGUGUUGGUUCAUGCCAAACUCAAAAUCAGCAUCACCACACACAACCAAAUAAAAUUAACACCACCGUGCAUCCGACACAAAACAAAAUAUGAACACUUUAUGUUACAAAUCACUCUUAAGGCCAACUUCUUUGAGGGAUUAACCAUACCUGCUGAGAAACGAUUUCCGAAGACUGAUCCAGAAGGAGUUUGCUCGACAUACUCGUACUUUUCUGAGAUCGACUAAAGCAAGCCGCAUUCAGUGGAUCUUAAUUUCCGGAGAUUGAUAGGGUUUUUUCAUCGCUAGAUAUAGAGAGAGCAGAGAAAGAGGAGUCGAAGAGGAUUCAUGAGCGAAGUUAAUGAAAAAAAAAAGAUAAACUGUUAAGAAUGAGAAAUCGGAAAGUUCAUCAAAAAGAAAAACAAUAUCGCCGUUUGGUUAGACUGAAGAACGCUGACAUUGCACAAUACAAUAGUGUGAUUGGUCUGAAUUUCUUUGCAUACGUGAACACUCUCUCUAUUAAGCUUAUUUUCCUUUUAGUAUAGUAUAGAUUAAUUAAAUAUUGGAAAGGUGAUUGAUAUAUCAUAAAUAGGUUUUGUAUAGACAAAAGUAUCAUAAAACUACUUUUGAAAGUUUUCUCUUUAGAUGAACUUUUUUAGCGAGAAAAGGAAUGGACUUGAAAAAAACCCCGCAUAGAGCAGCUUUUUUGUUUCAAAGUAAGACCUGGACGAUUAUCUCUAACAAUUUGUAGCUUACGAGUUUUCGUCCACCCCUGGUCGGUUACUAGGAACACAUGAUCCAUCAACAAAGUCCAGCUAUUUUGACCUAAGUGGCUACUUCCCAGUUCGAGGUUGGGAACUCUGAGUUUACAUAUAACAACCGAGACACAGUCAUUUCGUAGUCAAACAUUACAUAAUCUGCUGAGAUCUCUAAAACAACGCACGACACAUGAAUUCUAGAUACGCAGAAUAGUUAGAGCGAGCUAAGCAGUACAAAAACAAGCCAAAACCAUCAUUUGAGAGACGUUCUUUAACUUAUUCACUUGAGAUCUAAAAUACUCUCUUUAAACUGUAUUAUUUUGUUUGUAUUUAUUAUAUUCAUUGUCAAUAGUAUUAAUCAAUUCAAGUAAUUAUCCUAGAAAUCUACUAUGUUUCUCAGAGAUCUACCAUUUUCUGAAAUCUUAUUAUAUUAUAUUAAAAUUAUGAUUGCAGAUUUUAGCUCACAAUCAUACACCAUAUAAAUAAUAAAUGCAACAUUCCCGUCAUGAGAUCAUAUUAUGACAUUCCCAAGUUUUCAGUUAAUGAAAGAAAUAUUAAAUAAAUAUUAUGUUACUUGUAACAAAAGUAAUAUUAUCCCUAGAUAAAUUUAUACUGUUGACUUAAAAAAGAAAAAGAUAAACUUUUCUAAUUCCAGUGUCCUCUACAUUAAUUCAAGGCUGGCAACCGCUGUUAAAUGAGAAAACAUGUAAUUUUAGAGUUAUUGUGGUAAUAUAAAUAGAUUUUUAUACCUUUUUUUUUUAAUUUAGCCUCUCUUUUUUUAAAAGGGAGAUUUUAAGAUGGAUAUGUUUCCGGUUAAUACCACCGGAAUAGACACGGCGGAGGUAAGGAAGAUUUAAGGAAAGUUUUCUCCUUUUAUUCUGUUAGACCCCAAAGGCAUCGCCUUUUUCGAGUCAAAUGGAGUCUCGAGGAUCUUCCGAGGCAGAAGAUGAACAGAUUGUUCAAGUCCGAGAAGCUUUAAUGUGCCUCAACGGCAAAAGAUUCGAGGGUUUACGAACCGCGAGGUUCCUCAAACACACCACCAUGUCUAUAGACGACGACGUUUUCGACCUCCCCCUCGACGCCUUUAUAUGCCGACCCGAGUCCGUUGAUCCGGAGAUAUGGACGGCCAAGAUUUCGUUUCCGGGCUGGGGCUCUCCGUCUCCGAACUGGGUCGAGUGGGUGAACGCUAUGGCGGAGACGCACGCCACCGUGUGGAGGAAAGCAGGUGUGUAUGAUGCGAUCUUGGCGUCUCGGUACGAGAUCAAGAAGCAAGACGAGUUGAUGAUGGCUUUGGUGGAGAAAUGGUGUAUUGAGACGAACACGUUUGUGUUCCCUUGGGGUGAAGCCACGGUGACGCUUGAGGAUGUGAUUGUUCUUGGUGGCUUCUCUGUGAUUGGGAACAAUGCGAUGGCUCCUGUUAAGAGGGAGGAGAUGAAGGAGGUGGAGGAGAAGAUGAAGAAGGUGAAGCGUGAGAUUGAGGGUGAGUUGGGGAAGAAGUGUAGCGUUGGCUUGUGGAUGAAGGAGAUGAUGAAGUCAGGGAAUGAGAUUGAGCAUGAGGCCUUCCUGGUUACAUGGCUGUCUCGUUUUGUUUUUCCUAGUGCAGGUGAUUUGGUGAAUGAUGUGCUGUUUCCGGCUUCGAUUCAGCUUGCUAAAGGGGUUACACUGGCUCUGGCUCCGGCGGUUUUAGCCGGGAUAUACCGCGAUCUCGGUCUUUUGAAGGAGCAUCUUGCUGGUUAUGGUGAGACAGAUACGGUUGUGGUGAAGUCUCCGUUACAGUUUGUGCAGGUUUGGGCUUAUGAGAGGAUCAUGGAGUUGCAGCCACCGGGCCAGCCAGGUCAGUUAAGUCCUGGUGAGCCACGGAUGGCCCGGUGGCACCAACAUGGUGGCGGUCAGGAUCUGUAUGGCUAUCCUGAGAAUGUUAGAGCGGUUUUGGACUCUACCACCAAAGAGAGUUUUGACUUUCGUCCUUACACAAAGCCUCUGCACAACUUCAAGUUCCCUAGGUUUUACAUGGAAGAUAACUGUUGGGUUCAUCUGCACUCUGAUGACAAGAACAUUGUAGCCUUUGGUCGGUGUUUGAGGUUCUGUAAACUGGUUGGUGUGCACUGCAUUGAACCUUAUUACCCGCACCGUGUGGCAUUGCAGUUUGGUUAUGACCAGGAUGUUCCCGGUGUGGUUUCAGCUAGGAAUGAGACUCCGGAACUGGCUUGGAAAGACUAUAUCCGUCCUAUUUCAGGCGAUAUGAUCUACAUUCCUGCACGGGUCAAUGCUGGUGAUGUUACCGUUAGGUACAUUCGUUGGUGGAAGCUUUCUUUUGCGAUGUUACAGUCCGAAGCUAAGAAACUUUCUCACAAGCUUCUGGCUUCACCCCCGAGGCAGAAACCAUCAACUACAACAGCUGCUGCGACGACCACGACCAAGGUAACAUCUAGAGAAACAAAAACAAAGAAAGGGAGUCUUGGCCGUAGUAGCUCUUCAGGGAGCCUCAUAGGAUCAGAGAAAGGUGAUAAGCAUAGGCCUGAAUGGGUCCAGAGAUCGCCACCGGGGUGGAGAAAGAGUCUUGACAGAAGCUCGAGCAGUGCAAUAGGUGGUGCUAAGGAUCUUAAAGGAGUUCUCAGGGGGGUAGGGAGGACUAAGGGUCAUGGCCAUGUCACAUUUCAGCUUCCUGUUCCAUCACCCAAAAGGUCUCCUCCAUCCAACAAGACAAAUACUCCUUUGGAAAAGCAAAACGAUUCUACUGUCAAGAAGCCAAGAAUGAUACCUCGGGUAGCAGACUUAGCCAAAAGAUCGAGCUCGUCUUCUCAGGUUCCAAGAAACACAUCAUUUGUUCCUCUUCCUCAUAGGCGAGAUAACUAUGUAAAGAACAACAAUUACUCAAGUCGGCGAGCUUCGAAAGAACCAUACAAGGCGCCAUCUCUGUCUGGCUAUCCUUCAAAGAGGAAGAAGUCACCAAGAUCUGUUGAUAUUGUCAACUCGCCUGGUCAGAAAAGCUCCCUAAGCCCGCAAGGCUCAAAAGAAUCACCCAAGUCACCACCAUCUGUUUCUGGUUCUUCUUCUUUGACAAGGAAAAACUUACCAAGACCUCAAGAACUGAACAAGUCGUCAUCAUCUUCUCUUGGUUCUGUUUCUUUAACGAGGAAGAAGCCACCAAGAUCUUCAGAAGAUGCCAGCUUAUGUGGUAAUUCAUCAUCUGGAGGCCAUUCCAUUGUCAAGAGAAAUACUGAAUCCAAACGAGAAUCACCGAGAAAAGCUCAGGAACUCAAGGCUACUAAUGUGAAGUUUUUGGAGGAGAUUGUGACACUGCGGGAACACGUUGGCGAAGAAGGGGAAGUGACAUAUCAUAUACCAAAACAACAGUUUGAGGAUCUGAGCCAAGGAGUCCAAGAUGUUCUACAUGAUCUACACUCUAUUAAAUCCGCAUUGAACAUACAAGACGAUGAUGAAUAGAUUUAUGACUGGCUUUUGCAGUUGGUUCAAACAAUAUAACCCAACACUACAACAAGAAAGGCAUUAGUUUCUUACUUAAAAGCGUUGUGUAUAAAGAACUAUCGUUAGAAGACUGAUAUUAUCCACUUGUUGAAAUGUGCUGACCUUUUUCCCCACUAUAAUUUGCACACUGCAUCAACAAACAAAAAACAUGUGGUCACUUUCCUUUGUCAUAAA